CGGCCGCGCUUCUCCUCGUCCGACCGAGCGCGUCCCUUCGCUUCCUUCCAGUUUCUAGCCCUCGCGCCCGCGGUCGUCACCGGCACACCCAAACCCACCAUGACGGCCACGAAGCUCAACCCGGCCGCGGCGCCGUUCCCUUGCCCCUACCCCUACUACGCGCCGCCGCCCCCGUUCCCGCUCCCGGGCGCCUGCCCGCCUACGCUCCCGCUCGUCACCUACUCCUACGUCUUGUCCCCGCAGGGCCGCCUCGGCUUCUACCUCCCGGUGCGGCAGUACUCGUCCCCGCCGGUCCCACGCAAGGGCGUCUCCGCGGCGCCGCACCACGGCCGCCUCCCGCCGCCCAAAGUCAUGGCGGCCUUCUCCGGGCCCUGCGGCGCGGGGAAGCGCCAGGCUGCGGCGCCUCCGGUGGCCGCCGCCGCGCGUGCCCAGGUGCCGGCGGCGCCGCGCAAGCCGCGGCAGGAAGCGGGGAGCAGGAGCCACGCCGUGGCGCCGCGGCAGAAAGCGGAGAGCAGGAGGAGCCAGGCCGUGGCGCCGUGGCCACGGAAGGCGGCUGGUCCCCGCGCGCGCCUCGCCGCGCAGCGUGAGGCGCCCCCGCCGCCGUCCCUCUACACGAAGCGGCCGCUGCAUUGGGUGAAGCCGAAGCCCUCGGAGCUCGGCGAGUGCACUACCAUCAUGCUCCGGAAUAUCCCCAAUAAGCUCAGGAGCGGCGAUCUGAUCAGUUUGCUCGACGAGCAGUGCGCGCACGCCAACAGGGCCGCCGGCUCCGUCGUCGCGGCGUACGACGUCAUGUACCUUCCGAUGGACUUCCGGAAGGAAGCGAACUUUGGCUACGCGUUCAUAAACCUGACGACGCCGGCGGCCGCCAAGGUGCUCUACUGCGCGUUGCAAAACUGCGGCUGGAAAGUGCAGGGCUCCAAGAAGGUCAUCAGGAUCGACCAGGCCGCGCAGCAGGGCAAGGCGACGCUGGUGAGGCACUUGGAGAGGAUGCGGCUGGAGUGCGACAAGGACGAGUUCCUGCCGGUGCAGUUCUCGCCGCCGCGCGACGGCGUGAACGUCCCCGCCGCGCCCUGCCGCAUCCGCGUGCAGCCGCUGGCCCUCGGCGAGGGGCGCGGGCCUCGUCCCAGGCCGAGGCCCAAGGCUGCUUAGCUAGAGCUAGCUAGCGCCAUGGGCGCCAGCGCCACUAGUGGGAUGCAUGGGGGGAGUCAAACGAUGCAUGCAUGCAAGCAUGCAUACGAUGGACGCGGGCAUGCGGCGGAGUAGGAAGAGUGCUUCGGACGUUGUUGCAUUGGUGGUGGCGUCGUCGGGCCGGGCGGUGAUCUGAGAGUCUCAAGUCCGUCAAGUAUGCCUUCCCCUUCCUCUAGACCUCUCUUCUACCCGUCCGACGAGGAGGAGGAGGGGUAGGCUGGGGGGACUUUGGACGGUAGCCUAGUAGGGUCGAUGCAUGUGUACUCGUAGUAGUCUGUGUGUGUACUCGUGGUUGUGCAGCGUGUCUGUACUCUGUAGUUGGAUCUGUACUGCCUGCCUUGCCUGUGUUGUGUUGUGUGCUACUGAUAGGAGGACGUCUGAUGGCAGGCCGCGCAGCAGCUGUCUAGCUACAAGUAGGGUACUAGCUAGGCAAUGUGUGUGUCCCACUCCCCACCCA